AUGGAAAGAUGGGGAGUAUUGGGGAAAUUUAUUGGCCAAAGGGAUAUCUCCGAUCAUUGCCCGGUGUGGUUAGUGGUGGACAAGGAAGAUUGGGGUCCGAAGCCGUUUAAAUUCAAUAACGAAUGGUUUCACAAGAAGGAUUUCUUGAAGUUCGUCGAGAAGGAGUGGGCUGAGAUAGUUGUUUACGGCAGGGGGGAUUAUGUCUUGAAGGAAAAGUUGAGGUUGCUAAAAGGUGGGAUUAAAUGGUGGAACAUCAACGUUUUCGGCAAGAUUGAUUUGGAGAUGGAAGAUGGGGUUAGGGAGAUGAAUGCUUAUGAUGAUAUGGGCUCGGAUGUGGAAGACAUGGAGGAAGAUAAGCGAAAGGCGAACAAAAAGUUUUGGCUUAAUCUUAAAAUUAAGGAAAACAUGUUCAUUCAAAGGGUUAGAAUUAAAUGGAUUAACGGAGAGAAUGUUAAUAGUAAGUACUUUUCAUGCGGUUAUGAAGAAGAACUUGAGACGCAAUCAUAUAGGCUCUAUAGCAACAUCAAUAGGGUUUUGAGUUCGGUCAAGGAGGUUAAAGGAGCAGUUUUUGAGCAUUUUGAAAAGAAAUUCAAAGAUGAUUAUAAUAGGCCGGUUUUGGAGGGAGAUUUAUUAAUAAUUAUCCGUACACACACGAAGAUCUCCUUCUUGGACAGAAGGGAUCAGUUCCUCUGCAGCACAUAG